AUGGUUUCUAUUGCAACGAUUUUAAUUUCCCUUGCCUUCUUUUGUGGAUUCGGGGUCUGUCAACUAUCAGAAGUAGCUGUAAAGGAUCCGAGAGAGGAAGUGAUAGAGGCAUGGUACAUGUUUGUCAAUCAGAGGCUUUCCCUUCACCGCCACCCUAAGGAAUUUCUGUCUCUUGACAAGCUUGCUGGUUAUUUUGAUGUCCCGGAUAGUAAUGGCGCUUGGAUUCGGAUAUGGGUAAAGAAAGGUGGACUCAUUGUUGUGCCUGCUGGAAUUUAUCAUCGCUUCACACUUGAUUCAAGCAAUAACAUUAAGGCAAUCCGGCUCUUUGCUGGUGACCCAAUUUGGACAGCGUACAAUCGUCCGGAUGCAGAUCAACCACCUGCAAGGUCUGUUUUAUAA